AUGACAAACGAGACCGCUCAGCCGCAAUCGCGAUCCAAGACCCCCUACGUCGUUGGCGGGGUGGUGGCCCUCUUGGCCGUUGGAGGGUGCACCACCGCACUCUACGUCCGCCGCGUGCAUCGACUGUACCCGGUCCACCCGCCGCAGCCAUACCACCUCACGCCAGUGGCGCAACAGCUCAACCUCAAGCUACCAACCACACUCGACGCGCCUGGAUACCUGUCCGCCACCGUCCCCCUCCCUCGCACGGGGGACCCCUUGGGGACGUUCACAAAGGCGUUCUAUGCCCACCCAUACUUUUGCGUCGAGGGGUGGGUGAUGCGCCGGCUCGGAUAUGCGGGCAUGCCACGACCACCGGGUGUCGGUGUGACAGAGGUCGCUCCAGACACCCAGACCCAGGCGUCUCGCGAGAGCCAUGUCGGCGGUUUGUUUGACGUGGUGGCAAAAACGCCCCAGUCGGUCCUGCUCUACUGGACCACACCGGCCAAAUGGCUCAAGGGACGUCUAAACGCCGUCGCAGGCGGUACGCAGGAGCUGUCAGCUGUCCCCAAACCUGGACCCGAAGGUCUCCUCGAGUAG